AUGAGGCGCCGGAGGAUGAACCAGCUGUACAUCGGCAACCUCAGCCCCGCCGCCACCGCCCAGGACCUCCGGCAGCUCUUCGGGGAGCGACAGCUGCCGCUGCCCGGCCAGGUCCUCCUCAAGUCCGGCUACGCCUUCGUGGACUACCCGGACCAAAACUGGGCCAUCCGGGCUAUCGAGACCCUCUCGGGGAAAGUGGAGCUGCACGGCAAAGUGAUGGAAGUGGAUUAUUCCGUACCCAAAAAGCUCAGGAGCAGGAAGAUCCAGAUCAGAAACAUCCCCCCCCACCUACAGUGGGAGGUGCUGGAUGGCCUCUUAGCUCAGUACGGCACGGUGGAGAAUGUAGAGCAAGUGAACACAGACACAGAAACUGCCGUGGUCAACGUGACCUACGCGACGAAGGAGGAGGCAAAAGUAGCAAUAGAGAAGCUGAGCGACCACCAGUUUGAGAACUAUUCCUUCAAGAUUUCCUACAUCCCGGAUGAAGAGGUGAGCUCCCCUCCGCCCCCCCAGCGAUCCCGCCGCGGGGGCCACUCUUCCAGGGAGCGGGGCUCCUCCCCGGGGGGCUCCUCACAGCCCAAACAGCUCGAUUUCCCACUGCGGAUGCUGGUGCCCACGCAGUUUGUUGGUGCGAUCAUAGGAAAGGAGGGCUUGACCAUAAAGAACCUUACUAAGCAAACCCAGUCCAAGGUUGACAUCCAUCGGAAGGAGAACGCCGGCGCUGCAGAGAAGCCCAUCACCAUCCACGCCACGCCCGAGGGAUGCUCGGAAGCGUGCCGCAUGAUCCUGGAUAUCAUGCAGAAGGAGGCUGACGAAACGAAAUCAGCAGAAGAGAUUCCCUUGAAAAUCCUGGCACACAACAGCCUGGUGGGGAGGUUGAUUGGCAAGGAGGGCCGCAACCUCAAGAAGAUUGAGCAGGACACGGGCACAAAGAUCACCAUCUCCCCGCUGCAGGAUUUGACCAUCUACAACCCCGAGCGCACCAUCACGGUGAAGGGCAGCAUGGAGGCCUGCUCCAACGCCGAGGUGGAGAUCAUGAAGAAGCUGCGCGAGGCCUACGAGAGUGACGUGGUGGCCGUCAAUCAACAGGCCAACCUGAUCCCAGGACUGAACCUCAGUGCUUUGGGCAUCUUCUCCACAGGGCUGUCCAUGCUCCCGUCCACCCCAGGGGCCCGAGGGGCUGCAGCUGCCACCCCGUACCACCCCUUUGCACAGCAGAGCGGGCGGAGGAGGACGGGCUCCUCAGCCUAUCUGUCGAGUCUGUACGGAACCCCCGCAGCCGGCGCCUUCCCUCAUCAGCAUCCCCUGCCAGAGCAGGAGGUUGUGAACUUGUUCAUCCCGACACAGGCAGUGGGGGCCAUCAUCGGGAAGAAGGGGCAGCACAUCAAGCAGCUGGCACGGUUUGCUGGUGCCUCCAUCAAGAUUGCCCCGGCAGAAGGUCCCGAUGCCAGCGAGCGCAUGGUGAUCAUCACGGGGCCACCUGAGGCUCAGUUCAAGGCCCAGGGGCGAAUAUUUGGGAAGCUGAAAGAGGAAAACUUCUUUAACCCAAAAGAAGAAGUGAAGCUCGAAGCCCACAUCAAGGUGCCUUCCUUCGCUGCCGGCCGUGUCAUCGGCAAAGGUGGCAAGACGGUGAAUGAACUGCAGAACUUAACGAGUGCAGAAGUCAUAGUGCCGCGAGACCAAACCCCAGACGAGAAUGAGGAGGUCAUCGUCAAAAUCAUUGGGCAUUUCUUUGCCAGUCAGACCGCCCAGCGCAAGAUCAGGGAAAUCGUGCAGCAGGUGAAGCAGCAGGAGCACAAACACGCUCAGGGAGCCGCGGCCUCGCAGCACAGCAAGUGA